UGCAGUGUAUGUAAUGACUAAUAAUAAUUAUAAUGUGGUAUUGCAGUGUUGACAUUGUUUUGUCAUACUCGACUACUCAUACUCAUAGUGUGUCCACCGAAUGUAAUGACGUUUCGUGCAUUCUGGAAUUUAUACUCCAUUGGCCGAGCAUCCAGGUUAUCCCAUCCGCGGUGUUGCACCCGAUUAUUGCCAAAAUACUUUUCAAUCCUCCCCAAAGCUUCCAUCAUGGAUGUGGCUGUAGAGCCAGAAGCAAAGCGUGCUAAGGUUGAUCAUGUAGAAUGCGGUAGUCAGAAUUCGGCUGAUUCCGCACCCAUCCUUCUCCCUGAGAUGGGUGGAGUAGUUCAGAGCCAUGUCCUGCGUGAACCUGAUGUUGGCAUCACUGAGUAUGUCAAGUCUGCUACAAAGUUCUUUGGGCUUCUGAAGGAAAGGUGCUGUGACUUCUUGGUGCAUGAGAUCCGCCGAGAUGGUUCCAUCGUGCACCUCACAUCCUAUGACUUGCCGAAGACUGGUGGCCCAUUGGAGAACAUUAUGUCUGAUAGCGGCUAUGAGUUUUCUGAAGAGGAGACAGCAAAGCUGCAAGAGCUCGUAGAGAGGAGGAGUAAGAAGACGAGCGUGGACAUCGUUCCACGUGACAAUGAGAAAGCAACCCGCAAAGCCAUGCAUCAUACUAUCCGCUAUCUUUUCCCUAAUCUGAUAUCGGAAAUGGUGACUCUGGAAGAUGGCAGCCGUGUGAUCCGUGCCAAGUAUUCUCCUGGCAACCGUGAUCGGAUUCAAUUCAACACGGAAAACCGUUUCCUCAAGUUUGUUAUGCACAAGGAAAACUUUGAUACGAAAACAGCUUUGGGGAGGAUUGCAUGGGGCUUGUCAAGGUCUGUACACAGCUUCCAGACGUCUGGUCUCAAGGAUCGCCGGGGAAUAACAACACAAGAAGUGACCGUUUCUAGAGUUGCGGCUGAGCAUCUUACCAAAUCGAACAAUAUGCACCUAAUCAAGUGUGGCAACUAUAGCUACACUGACAAAGCACUAGUAACUGGUCUCCAUGGUGGGAACCACUUCACCAUUGUCCUCAGGCAUUUUGAAGGCACUGAAGAUGUUUUGACAGCUGGUAUGCGCUCGCUGGCUGACACUGGCUUUAUCAACUACUUUGGAAUGCAACGAUUUGGUUCGAGCUCAUCUGGCUCCCACUUCAUUGGCAGGGCACUUAUGAACAAUCAGCUUGAGGACGCUGUGGAUCGGAUCCUGGGUACCAUGGCCUUGAUUAAGAGUGACUCUCCUACUCGAGCAGCAUACAACAUCUGGAAGGCAACAGGAGAUGCGGAGAAGGCAAAGGCCUGUCUCAGCUCGUCUAGCCAGGAGCGUGAUUUGUACAGUGGAAUUGCGAAGCAUGGCAAAGACGAUCUGCGAAGUGCACUUGGCCAGGUAGCUAUCUUCUCACUGUAUCUCCACGCGUAUCAGAGCUGGAUUUGGAACAGGAUGGCUAGUUAUCGCAUCAAGGAGUAUGGCCUGCAGCCUGUUGUUGGUGAUCUGGUACUUCCUGCUCCCGGAACCACUCCUCUGGUGGACCUUGAUGCUUCUGAAGAUGAUGGGGAUAGUGAAUACAAGCCACCGGUGCCCGAGUUUGUCACUGAAGAUAAUAUUGGCGACUUCACCAUCCACAAUGUUGUUCUACCUAUAUCGGGUUCUACCACUAUUUACCCCAAGAACUCUGGUAUGCUCUCUCUCUCUAUCUAUCUAUCUCUAUCUCUAUCUCUCAAAAUAUCAAUUGUGCACUCAUAUAUGGAUCAUAACCAUUUCUUUUCUUCUUUCUUUUCUGCUGUCUUUUCCAGAAUGGCCAAAGUAUAUUUGUGUGGCUCUUAUCGACAUGUUAUUGUCAAACCAACCAACGUUUCCUGGAAAUUGCUCCACUACAAUGACCCACUUGCUCCACUUGCCGUCACUGACUUGGAUCGAAUGGCAGGCAAGAUGGAAGUCGAUGAGAUACCAGCGGAAGAAGCAAAGUAUAAGGCUGCUCGUGUGGAAUUCUCAUUGAGGACAUCGUGCUAUGCCACCAUGGCCAUUCGUGAGGUAUGCCGAAUUGACACAUCCCAAGGUCACCAGCGCAACAUGUCGAAGAUGUUUGCGGAGAAAAUGGCAGCGGACAAAGCGGAUGACCCUGAGAACGAGGAGGCAAAGAAGGUGGCGGCUGUGGCUGAUACUGCUACAGCAUAGACACUAGUGCACAGGUUUAUGUUCUUCAUCCGUCAUUCUCUGCAUCUAGCAUUUCAGCAGCCGAUGCCCACUUCCUGCUAUUGUGAUUACUGCUACCUUCUGCAGCAGUCAGACAUGUAGCGAUCAUUGCAGGCUGUUGUUGGCAGCAGUGCAUUUCUUUCGAGGGAUGCACCUCCGUCACUCCACUGAGUUUGUAUCUCGACAAACCUUGCGCACAUGUAUCUCCUAUGGCUAUGUGUCAGUGGACCCGGUCCAUGUUGUGUUACACUGGAUAGCAAAGUCGUCCACAGUAGUCAAGACUCAAGACCUAAUGACGUCCGAUCUUAACAAUAAUGUGGAGAUUUGAUGGACACUACUGCCAUCAUCAUGGCCUCGCAUGUUUGUUAAAACGUCUAUCCCAGAUGUUGCAGCUCGAACAGUUAGCCAAGCACAAUGUCUUUAAAAGCUGCCAAUCCAACUUAUGAUGUCAUGAUGUCAAGACGUGUUGUUGCACUACUACUGCUCACCAAGAGGUACACAUAGUCACCAUACUAGCAGCUUGCUGCUGAGUCCAGCUGUGGUGAAUGCAUAUGGCCAUGUCCUGCUCAGCCAGCACUCCUCCUCACCUCCUGUUUGCCGACAGUCUGAUACUACAUGGUGGCCAUGACUAACCAAGUAUGUAGUGCAUAGUAUGUACAUAACUGUGCCUAUUGUUUUCAGUACAUAGUUUCCGCACUGUUGUAUACCGGCUGACUGCCGAUUGUUCGGUUGUAUGAACAUGCUUCGUAUUAUGCAUCAUUACUGCAAGUAUGCUAUCAUUAUGUAACUAUAUUAUGAUAUGCCUGAGCUUGAGCCAUGCAUGGCCUGUACAGAUGUACUUGUACUAUAGUCUAGACACACACCCACAUAUUUACUGUACAUUGUAACAUAGUCUUGUAUUGGGUGUGAUGUCUGGUGGUGAUGGUGGUGAUGUUCAGUCAACAUUAUGACCUUUGAAACCAAAUGCUGAACAUGAGAAGUAUACUUUUUAAACUCUCGUGCUACUGAUCAUGGCGUUCCAUUGCCUUUUCUCACUUCCUGUGUAUUCGUAGUGACAUUGAAAUUUGAUUUCAUUGUUGAGGUUUUCAAAUGAACUAUGAUUCUAGAUAUUGAGAUUGCUGAAGGCGCCCAAUUAGAUUGUCUAUUCUGGAGUUGUGCCCAAAGGCAUUGUAGAUCGCAGUUGUAGUGAUGCAGUUUUUCCCAGCUACUGCGCAUGUUUGUGCGUGUGUGUGCACGCAGGUGUGUUUGUUUUAAUCUACCUCGUGACCAAGUGAUUGCGGGAUCCACCUGGCAUUAACAAGAGGUGGGGCCAUGGGUGAGUGGCAGCAACACCUGCAAGGCUUUGGGUGCACCGAAGUAGUGGUUCAACUUCACGAUUUGUUUUUUGUAUAUUUUAUUUAUAGUUGGAAUCAAAACGAGCAUAGGCCUAAUAACAAUGGACCCACUGGACGAUUGAACCGCUGUAGUGCCUGGCAGAACCAGGCAUUGUCAAGAAGCGUUGAUUUCGGUUACCAGGAUAAUGCAUGUCCUGUAUAUAUACGUACUGUAAAGUACAGUGAGAGCGCCCCGCCACCACCACCACCACCACCACCACCACCACCACCUCCCUAUCAUGAUCAUUAUUUGGAGGCAGUGUCCUGUCUGUAGGUCGUACGAUACAUACCUUUUUUCACACAUUGCACGUUGUGGAGUCAAUCCGUACUCAGUUUA